CACAAAACUGAUUUGAGAUUGUACAUUAUUGGAGUUUUGGAUCAAUCUAGGUUUGCUUGUGCGUCUAAAUGGCAGAGAGUGAAAAAUUGGAGAGUUCAAGUUUUAGUGAGCAGUUUCGGUUGGUUGAUCUGAACCUUCCCACGUUUACUGAUGAGAAUAUUAAAAGGCAAGUGCAGCAAACCCACAGAAAAGGCUAUGUACCGGUUCUUCGUCAACCACAUAUCAACUCCAUUUCUCAGAUCCUCAAGCCUGCCACUGAUUUUGUUGAUUCAUUCUUGCUAGCCAAGAAAGUACCUGAAAAUGAAAUUGAGUUACUGACCUCUAAUCUUCUGGAGUUUGAUUCAACUUUUGCCGAGAUCAUGGCGCUGGGAAAGAAUGAUUGUUAUGGCCUGCUGACUUUGGAGAUCCUUAUUCUUUUCAAGGGUUUUGCUUUUAUUUAUCCACAAUAUUUCUGUAUAACUGCAAUGGACGAGACAGCAAACAAAGUCGUGCAAAUGUUUGAAGAGAUCAAUAUUUACAAUGUGUCAAUGAAAAUACUUGGAUCAUUAUGGUACUUAUCAUGGGAUGCAAAGGCAAUAGUUUUUAUGGGCUGGUUUGUUUUCAAAUUUUUGGAGUUCUUGGGGUUCUUGCUUCAUGGUCCGAACCAACAAUUAAUUGAAUUAGCAUCAUCAAUGGCAGCCUUGAAGGAAAACCCUCUUUCGAUACUGGGCUCCUCCCUUGAGAAAUUUCAACUGCCACUUAAUCAGCUUAAUAGUCUGAUCAAGAUGACAUUGGAAGUAAUCAAAUACAUCUAUGAAUUAACUUUGCUAUCUGACACACAGUACAUCACAGAAGACCUCUUCUCAACAAGUGUGCAUUCGGCAGUUCUAAGUCUGGUAGCUUGCUACAUUCAAAUUACUUUGCUCAUGCAAAAUGGCGAAGUGGCAUUGGAAUUGUCUCACCUAAUUUUCAGUCUUGGUUACAUUCUUAACGACAUCAAGCACCAAUACAUAAAUUGCAAACCACAUAUGGAGGAGAUGGAGGCUCAUAUGCAGUCUAAUGCAUUGUUUGAAGACAUUUUGAAGACUCGUAUAGAAAUCUCAGAGCUUGUGAAGAGUUUUACAUACUCUAAAGAUGGUCACCAAUCAGUUAUUGAUGGUUCUACUAUGUCUAAGGUUGACCUAGAGGUGCUAAAGGAAAAAGGUAUCUUAUUCUUUAUUUCAAACCUAGAUAUCUCUUUCCAAGAAGAUUUCAAGACUACUAGAAAUCUACAAGAAAAUAAGAAAAGAAGAUUAUUAUAA